AUGCUUACUCACGCUCAGGGGCGGACUGAAAACUCAUGGGGCCCCCCGGCAAUAGGGGAUCAUGGGGCCCCUGUGUCCUUGCCCAAACUCAAAAAAGCCUAUGAAAAAGGUACCAGGGGCAUCUCAUGGGGCCCCCUACUGACCCAGUGUCCGAGUUUCCAAAUGGUCAAAUGGUCAGUCCGCCCCUGGCUAGAACCCAGCAGAUCAGAAGAUUACAACCCAGCACAUCAGAAGGCUAGAACCCAGCAGAUCAGAAGAUUAGAACCUAGCAGAUCA